AGAGAGGAUGGAAGGCACAGGACACCGAGAGAGAGAGGGCAAGCGCGCGCGAGAGAGAAAGGGGAAACAGCUGGCCAGCUGAGAGGACCCGCCAGUCUUUCUCAUCGCUCACGCCCGCGAGGACACCUGCUGCGCCUCCCGCCCCUCCUCGCCGACGCCCGUCUGUGACAAGCCCGUGUGUUGAAGCCCGAGUGAGGACGCUCGCCCCUGUAGCUGUGUGCUGUGAGUGAGGUCACGAGAGGCCGUUGCAGAGCGGGCUAGGUCGCUGAUCAUUGUUCUUCUAAGGUCAAAUGCACCCACUGCUUGCCAAAGCGCCGCACAAAACCAAAAGUAAAUUGAAAGAAAUAGACUCAUGAACGUCCGCCAGUAAAAGGAAGGAAAAAAAGAAAGAGAAAGAAAGGAAAACAAAAAAAAGCAAAAGCACCAUCUACGUGUGCGUAGAACAGGUGGAGUCGCCGAAAGGCGGGACAGCUGGAGAGAGAACCAACAGGUGGCUAAGCACUGCAGACGUUCAUCAUAUCGCCUCAGAAAAGUGUGGUGUUUCCCCUGCCGCGCGUGCCCACCCGCCGCCAUCGGGGGAAAGGGCAAGGCGACCCCGCGGAAGACCAUGGAGGAUGACAUGGACGACCUCAGCCUGCACGUGCAGCGCUACCGCCCGGAGGAACUGGACAAGCUCGCCAAGACGACCAAGUUCUCCAGGAAGGAAAUCCAACUCAUCUACAGAGGAUUCAAGCAGGAGUGCCCGACGGGACUUAUCGACGAGGAAGGCUUUAAGGGGAUUUUUUCCCAAUUUUUCCCUCUUGGAGAUGCCACCCACUACGCCCACUAUGUCUUCAACACCUUCAAGAGAAAUACCCAAGGCCAGAUCAGCUUCGAGGACUUCCUGGCGGCGCUGUCGACGGUCCGCGGGACGACGCAGGAGAAGCUGCAGUGGAUCUUCGGCCUCUACGACGUGAACAACGACGGCCUCAUCACCAAGACCGAGAUGGUGGACGUCGUCACCGCCAUCUACGAGAUGAUGGGCCGCUCCACCGAGCCGCAGGAGGAGAGACGUCCGCCAAGGAGCACGGAGAAGAUCUUUCAUCUGAUCGACACGAACCAAGACGGCGCCAUCACCAUCGAGGAGCUGGCCGAGUGGGUGUCCCGCGACGACACCAUCAUUCAGAGCCUCAGCAUGAUGGACACCGUGCUCUUCACCCGUCGGGAUCGCGGUGCUGACGGCGCCCCUCCGCCCACACGCCCGUCGCUCAGCCAGCCCUGAGUCCAGCUGCUGGGGUGGCGAGCCCUCAACGAACUGUUCCCGAAUCUGCCAUUAUACCGUCUGCCGUGUCUUGCAUGCGCCCAGCUGGGCUGACAUGGUCUGUCUUUCGUCUUUAUUCGGACUCUGGAAGCAGUGAUAACAUUUGCCUUUCUCUGGCAUCCUAUACAGCACGCUGUACAGGAGAAAUCGAGAUCCUUUAGUCAGUGAAUGGAUCUCGGUAACAAGACACACUGUACUGUUGAUCUCUGAUUCAGAUUUCUAACUCAGACUCGUCAAUUUUUUCUAACUUUUUGGAAAGACCAACAGUACGUUUAAAGCCUUUGAUACUGAAGAGAUCGCUAAGAAAACUAGUAUUCGCAUUCCUUAGCACAAUACUGACAUGUAAAUAGUGGGUGUCCCCAUUCAGAGCACCUCCCAGCAUGCGGACUUCCUUCUUCCUCAACUUGGCAUGGACAUCGCACUGGACUCAUUGCAGCGUCCAUUUGCCACCCAGCAAGUAGGAACUGCCUGCCUCCUGUCGAAUAGAAUCUCAGAUUUUUGUCGCCUUUUCCUCUUUUUUGGAUUUACAUUUCUUAGCAUUGAUGUGAUCCUGAAUCAAUGCGUAUUUUCCUCUACCUGACGCACUCAAGAAUCAGUAAAAGGUCAAUAAUGUUUAAGAAAAUAUCGAGGCGCAAAGACAUCGUUACAAUGUUUAAAAAUCAGUUCACUGUAACAAAACAGGAACAAUCGCAUGUAUAUCUGAUAUUCACCGUGAACACACAGACAGACACACGUACAAUCAAACAUUAAACACACACACACACACACACACACACACACACACACACAC